AUGCAGUGGAGCGUGGACGCGCUGAAUUCUUCGCUUCUGGAAGACUAUUGCAACGCGAUCUAUUCUCAUUUCUCGCAGGACGGUGCGUCCCGAAGGAGUUUUGCGAUCGUAGAAACGCGACGCUCGCAGAUCAUCGUGGACGUGCUGUGGAUCGUCGAGGGCGUUUUGGUCCUCACCGGCUCGCGCUAUCGCCCCUUACUCAGCGAUCUGGCGCUGCUUCUCCUCACGCAGCUCGCGCUGGAGCGAACCGAAGCGCUGCUCUGCGUUCUGCGAAUGUUCGCCAGCGAGCCGCAAGCCGAAUUCAAGGAGCCAGUCGAUGCGUAUAAAGACCGCGUGUAUUGGAAAGGGGACGCGGCGAAUGAUGGACUGCCUGCUUUCUUGCCGGUCGUUUCGACGGCGAGACAUCAAGGCGCGCUGCGCAUCCACGUGAUGCUUCGACUGCUCACCAGAUUUUUCUGCCCGGAUUUGUUCGUCCAUUUCGAAAAAAUCGACGAUUGCUGGUGGUAUCCGCGUUCCUACGACAUCGAAAAAGGCGACGAUUUCAUCACGACCUCUGCCGGGCUCUCGGACCCCUUCGACGUGCCCAUCGCGAUCGAGGGCUGGAUCCCCACCGCCUGGCUCCUCGGCGCCUUCCUCAACCCCGAGCUGCUUCGCGAGGAAGUUUGCUGGUCCCCCGCGCUCUCCCUGCGCUGCCUCGACCAGAUGCUCAUUCUCGGCGACUCCACGUUUCCCCUGUUUCUCCUUCUCGCCCUGUUCCGCCACUUCGCGUCCGCGUUGCUCGCGCUGAACACUGCCGAGGCGCUCGAGGAAUUCAUCGCCGAUCUGCCCUGGCGACUCGACGCCUCCCAAUCCUCCCAAUCCUCCCAGCCUUCGGAGCUCUCGAAGCUCACGCAGCCUUCGGAGCUCGCACAGCUCGCGCAGCUCGCGCAGCUGGUCGAGUCUGCGACGAUCCUGCACAAAAUAGCCCCGAUUUCGGUCAUCCAAAGUCUCCGCUGCGUCGGCGCGCAAUGCGCGUCGGGGCUUCUGCCCGACCAGCUCCCGGGCGACUCCGCGAUUUGGCGGCGGCGGUACGACGCGUUCACGCAGCACAUGCUGCUCCCGCGGGAAUGGCAGCUCCCUCUGGAAGGGAACGAAGGCCGUCUGGAGCACGUGAUGCUGCAAUGGACGGGCGUGUAUCGCGUGCUUUCCCGCGAUUUGCCGCAUCUGCCGUGUCCGUCAAUGUCGGCGAUCGCAGGUGCCUCGCUCUCUCUCUCUCCUAUAACGCGCAGACUUGUCCGCGUGCGACUGUCUUCGCAUCGACGCUCGCGAGGCCGUUUCGUCGCUCGACCGCCCGUCUCGCGCCCGCGACUUUUUCUUCCUCGACCUUCGCCGCUCCGCGGAGGGCCAGGGCGUUCUGCCCUCCGGACUGGCCGCAGAGGGCCCCGCGUGGCGCUCGCCCGUGCUGGUGGAGGGCGUGGUGGGCUGCCUGCGCGCGCUGAAACCCACCGUAGCUUCGCUCUUCCCGCCUCACCCAGAGCGUGA